CAACAGAGCAUCAUUGACUAUUAGAUAAGAGGAUACUCUGGUCUCAUCUGCCUCUUCACUUUGAGAAACAAUGGCAGUAAGCUUUCUAGAUUAUUUGAUCUUAGUUAUCAUAUGCCUCUUUUCACUCUUAUGUUACUCUUGCUUCUUCUUCAAGAAACCAAAGGAUGGUUUUGAGUUGCCUCCAAGCCCUCCUUCUCUGCCAAUCAUUGGGCAUCUUCACCUUCUCCUCUCUGGUUCUACUCACAAGGCCUUACAGAAACUGUCCUCCAGGUAUGGGCCUCUCUUCCAUCUUAACAUCUUCAGUGUCCCGGUGAUCUUUGUCUCCUCGGCCUCAGUGGCUUACGAGAUCUUCAGGGAGCACGAUGUGAACUUCUCGUUCCGUGGAAUGCCUCCUAUUGAUGAGUCCCUCUUGGUCGGAUCCUUUGGAUUUUUCACCGCUCCUUAUGGUGAUUACUGGAAGUUCAUGAAGAAGAUAAUGGUUACGAAGCUACUUGGACCGCAAGCACUCGAACGGUCACGUGGUAUCCGGGACUACGAGCGAGAACGGCUUUACGCUAGCCUGCUUGAUAAGACAGUGAGGAAUGAGAGCGUUGAGAUUGGUAAGGAAGCAAUGAAGUUCACAAACAACAUCAUCUGCAAAAUGAUCAUGGGAAGGAGUUGUAAUGAGGAGAAUGGUGAGGCGGAGAGAGUCAGAGACUUGGUGGCAGAGUCCACUGCCUUGACCAUGAAGAUCUUUGUGGCAAACAUGUUUCACAAGCCCCUCAAGAAGCUCGGAAUAAUAAUGUUUAGAAAUGAGAUAAUGAGUGUUUCUUGUAGAUUCGAUGAGGUGCUAGAGAGGAUUCUUGAGGAGCACGAAAAGAAAAGAAAAGAUGAUGAUCAAGAUAUGGACUUGGUGGACGUGUUGCUGGAAACUUGUAGAGACGAAACAACCGCAGAGUAUAGGAUCACUAGGAACCACAUAAAGUCCUUGUUUGUGGAUCUUGUCAUUGCAGGCAGUGACACUUCGAGACAUGCAACACAAUGGACAAUGGCAGAGAUCAUUAACAAUCCUAAAGUUCUUGAAAGAUUGAGAGAAGAGAUUGGUUCCGUUGUUGGGGAAACAAGGUUGGUUCAAGAAACGGAUCUGGAAAACCUCCCUUACUUGCAGGCGACUGUUAAGGAAGGACUGAGACUGCACCCUCCAGGAGCUCUCUUUGCAAGGAGUUCCCGCAAAGGGUGUAAGAUUAGAGGAUUUUAUGUACCAGAGAACACACCACUUGUUGUCAAUGCUUAUGCUGUAAUGAGAGAUCCUGAUUCUUGGGAAAAUCCUAAUGAGUUUAAGCCAGAGAGGUUUAUAGGUUUCCCAUGUUCAAGACAACAAGAUGAAAGAGAUCAUGCACUUAAGUACAUUCCUUUUGGUAGUGGAAGGAGAGGCUGUCCUGGAUCAAAUCUAGCUUAUAUCAUUGUUGGAACUGCAAUAGGAGUGAUGGUGCAGUGUUUUGACUGGAAGAUUAAAGCAGAUGAAAUUGACAUGGACGAAGCUCCUAGAGCACUGGUCUUGACCAUGGCUCGACCACUUAAGUGUAUUCCUGUUGCUCGCACCUGCAGAUUCCAAGUUCCUGACUUGGAGUCAGAUGUCACUGAACUCUCAGACAUAAUUCUUAAGGUUUAGGAAAGCUUGUGUUGCACUCAGGUGCUCGGUUAGUUGAUUUAUUUUGGGGAUUACUGGUUUGUCUUAGUAUAGAAAUGAAAAUCAGUUGUACAGUUUAGCAUUUCUAUUUGAAAUACAAACUGGAAAUUGGACAGUUUAGCAUUUAUAUCUAUCUAUCUAUAUAUAUAAAGGGGAGUUUUUUUCUCACCUUCUGCAUCCACGUCAUCUAGGAGAUAGGGGUUUUUCGCGCCACGUGGCACCAACAAAAUCUCUAUAGCCGUGUUUUAUUUCUUCUAAUAUUUGUGUCUUGCUUUCAAAUUAGUCCAUUACUGAAAAAUCCAGAUCUAUUGGGUUCAACUCUUUUUUCUUACCCCGGAGUCGCCUCCCUUGACCUUACACCUUAGCCAGCCUCUCUGUAACGCUUCACAUCAACAGUCAAUCCACAUAAUUAAGAUCGUCAUUACCAUCCUUUACUCUAUUCAUUCCACUACGCCUCACUCGAUAUCAUCAAUCUCUUCAAUUGUUACUUUUCUAUAAAUAAGAAUGUCUUCACACCUUUUUUCGAUAUGAAACUCAUAGGUUCAACAAUGGCAACCUUCAAGCUCCUUCCUUGAAAAUCAGCCGUUUUGCUGAGACAGUUGAUGCGAGCCAUUUUUUUCUGUGAUAUGUGAAGAAAGAGGCUUGUGCUUCUCUUUCUGGCUAUUGUCUCUGUUCCGUGUAUGUUGCUUUCAAAGCCGUGCAUCUUGAAGAAACAACAUGAAGCUAAGCAACAAGGUCAGUCAUACGCACCUCUUGAGGAGACGUAUGAGAGUCUUCAUGUAGAGACAAGCGGAGGAUCAGAUGGGCACGGUUACGUGGUCAGUGCAUCAGUUUUUUCACACUAUAGAAUUUUGUGCUUAGAGCUCUUUCCAACACCUCUUCUUACUUACGUAUAUGGGCUCUCAGUCUUGCAUACUCAGAUAUUGCCAGUCUUCUAUGAGAAAGUCCUCCUUCUCGCUUGGGAUACAACAAUGUGUUGAUCCUGAUCGUUGGUAUCAUUGUUUUCAUAUUCGCUACGUGGAAUUGCUGCUGGUGAUAGAGACACUGAGCGCGUUCCUUCACGCACUGCGUCUCCACUGGGUGGAGUUUCAGAACAAAUUCGACGAAGGAGAUUGUUCCAAGUUCGCUCUUUUUUUCUUUCAUUCUCAUCAGAAACGAAGACAAGUGUUAGGGAUGGAUGAUUGUGCCAUUCCCCUCCCAUUCUCUGCAAAAUUUGCAUGUAUAAAAAAGGUACAAGCCAGACCAAGUUUUAUUUAUAUUUUGCGAAUAUAUUUUUUCCGUUCUCCAUAUGGGUGGGUGGAAUUAUAUAGGUUUAUUUUGUUUGCCUGUCUGGAGAUUAGAUUUUUAAAACAAAAGUGGGGAAGGGGAUAAUGGAAUUUGUAUGAGGCAAAACUCAUUUGUUGUUUUGUUUGUUUGGAAUUAAAUACGUGAGGAUUUGUUUCCACUUA